AGUUACAUCCCACCUAUGCUCCUCGCGGACCGCAGCCCCUGUGCUGAAUCUGACUCUGGAAGGCGUGUUCACUGCGUUUACUCUGCACACAGACCUCGACACAAACCGCACUCAGGACAACUUUUCACCCAACUUUUCACAGAUGGAACCUGCGAAAGCUGUCAAGGUGGUGGUUUUGCUUCUCACUCAGGGAUGGAGGGGGAGCGAGCUGACUCUUCUCUUGACUUGAGCCACCUGACAGAAGAGGAGCAGUCCACCAUCCUGCAGGUCUUACAACGUGACUUGGAGUUGCGUCGUCUUGAUGAAGGACGUGUAAGGAUCCUCCAGGAGACAGAGACAGACCCGACACGUCUGCGCUACCUGUCGGGGGCAUGGUUCAGCGAGGAGCGCAGCAAACGCCAUUGCAACCGGACGUCAGGCUGCACCCUCGUCCACGCCACCAUACGCCACAGGAAGACAAAGAGCAGAGAGGUGCCCUUGGCUGGACUGUUCAAUGGAGAGAGAGAGGAAACCUCCCACAACAACAGCACCUCUCCUGAGGCCGAGAGAAGACUGAACGACAGCAAAGAAGAGGAGAGUGGAGGGAGUCAAGGAAGUUUGAAACCUACACCUACACCCAGAACAAAAAGUCCCGCAGCACAGGGUCUCCAGCAUAGAAAUAGUUCCUCAUCAUCCAAAGAGUGUGAAAGGAAAAGUAAUGGCCACUCAGAGGAGCCUGAGGAAGACUUUAACGGCCACAACGGGGACACUGACUCUGUGAGCAGCAGCUUGACAGAGCCAGAUCCAGCUUCUCUCAAAACCAGCAGCUCCACCGGCAGCCUUCAUUCGGGCUACACGCUCAGUGGAAGCAUGAUGAGUCUUUUCAGCACGGGGGAUUUUGGAGCGGUGGAGGUGAGGGGCCGUAUCCAAUUCUCAUUGGUUUAUGACACCCAGAAGGAGGAGCUGCAAGUCAAAGUGUAUUGCUGUGAGGAUAUCGCUGCAGCCCGCAAGAACCGCUCUGACCCGUAUGUAAAAGCCUAUCUCUUGCCGGACAAGUCGAGUCACAGUAAGAAGAAAACUUCAGUGAAGAAGAAGACACUAAACCCAGUCUAUGAUCAGAUGCUCCGAUAUAAAGUGCGGAUCGGAGAGCUGCGGAGCCGGACCUUGAACCUGUCUGUGUGGCACGCCGAGCCCCUGGGGAGGAACGUGUUCCUGGGGGAGGUGGAGGUGUCUCUGGGCCUCUGGGACUGGACCUGCACUCAGCCGCUGUGGCAGGACCUGCAGCCGCGGGUUCAUUUGAGUCCAGAUUCCAUUAGCAGUCGCGGGACCAUCAUGCUCUCUGUUAAGUUCAUCCCAAAUGGAUCCGAGGGUGGUGGUCUGCCUCUGACAGGAGAGCUUCACAUCUGGCUUCGGGAGGCUCAAGGCCUCCUGUCCAACAAAGGGGGCCCUAUAGACUCCUUUGUUAGAAGCUACAUACUCCCAGAUGCUAGUCGGCAGAGUGGUCAGAAGACUCGGGUGGCAAAGCGCUCCAUCAGCCCUACCUACAACCACACCAUGGUAUAUGAUGGCUUCCACACCAGCGACCUGAGAGAAGCCUGCGCUGAGCUGACUGUUUGGCAGCGCGAAGGGUUAAAAAUGCAUGUCCUAGGAGGGAUUCGUCUCAGCUGUGGAACUGGUCAGAGUUAUGGGGAGGCCGUCAGCUGGAUGGAUUCCACAGAAGAGGAAGUCACUGUGUGGACCUCCAUGAUCGAAAACCCAAACCACUGGGUCGACACAACACUACCAAUCAGAACUAACCUCACACGCCGGUCCGAGUGACACACUUCAUACGCAUGUUCAUACAAUGGUUGGACUGAAAGGACACCCUCAGCACAUCGGCACAUUUAACCUCUGUCACCUUUAACUACACAUAGACUGUUUAUUUCUGUUUUACACAUAGAGGAGGCAGUAGUGGUGCAAUAUUGUGAAUUAAUGGUGUAGGUUAGAAAUAUUUAGUUUUGAAACCAAAUCUGUCUGCAUUUCAAAUGUUUUAUUUGUGUGCUUUGGUUCAGUCUGUGUCUUAUCUGACAAAAGUGAAUUUGUAAUCCAUUGUAGUUUAUUAAUUAAAUAUCAAACCUGAA